CAUUCGGAUUUGGGCAUGUCCUUGUUCUUCGUGCGUGCAGAGUCCAACAGCACGGCGACUGCGUGACCCACCCCCCUGCCUUCCUUCUCUCACCUUUACGACCCGUCAGCCAUGACGACCUUCUGCGUCGAACAGCGGGCUCCGCUGCAAUGCUGCAUCAACAGGACAGCUCCUAAGCUCAUCGUCUCAGCCAAAGCACAGAGCAAGAACUCGACUAUAUUCGGUCUUCCGGACGAUGUCAUACUGCUCAUAAUCAGCUUCGUGGACGUCAGAGAUAUCUUGUCGCUGCGCAAGACGUCCAAGCGGUUCUACUCCAUGACGAAACUGCGCUGGGUAUGGCAUGAUGCGAUGAAACGCCAUAUCAUAGACAGAGGACUACCAGUACCAGCUGCCGACAAGGACAUACAGAAGUUUUCUGCGGAACACCUCGAGGCGAGAGCUGUCCAUGCCGCCAGAUUUCAUGAGAACUGGUGUUCGCCAAAGCCGAAAGCACGACAGAGGAUAGAAUUCCAGGCGGACACUAUCCUGUGUAACGAGAAUCCAGAGCUCCACAAGACGACAGUCAGCAACGUUUCUUUCCUCUCUGGACAGAACGGAGAGUUCCUCGUGACAGCCGUGGAACGGGUUAUCACUUGCUGGGAAGUGCCUCUUGAUGGCAGCGGCACAUACCGGGUUGCAGAUUGGGUUUGCAGCAAGAAAGUGGAGCAGCUGAUCGUGAACGAAGACCCCAAGUCUGAAGCGGUCGUAACGUGUGUGAGCGCGAAUCGCGCAGUGGAUAGCGAAGUGGAAGUCUGCGCUCUUGCUCUCGACAAAUUCCACGGCUGCUUCAAGUUGCUCGCUCGACUGCGUGGCGAGAGGCAUUCUGUGAUGCCUCUGCAUGUCAUGCAUGGAGACUAUGUAGUAUUUGGCGACCCGCUGGCAGUGUGGUUUUACACUGAACCGGUCGAAGUGCGUAGCAUGGCCAAAGCGCACACUGUACCGUUGUUCGCUUUUCAGUCCGAUAAGGUUUUGACGGUCAAGAUCAUCAACCGCUACAUAGUAAUUGUUGGUGAAGUGUCGAUACGAAUCGACUACACACCUAGCUGGAAGAAUAAACGCACCAUGUAUGCAGCUGGAUGGGGUGCAUGCGUUCAUUUCGACUGUUCUGCGGUGGAAGCUGCGGUCGUCGUGAGGGAUGCUUGUGCCAUCCAUGACGAAAAACAGGAAUGGUCGACGGAGCCCGUCACGAUUCUCUUGCGGUGCGGUGGAGACGAUGUCGAUACCCUGCAGCAAGUCGACCUACUGCCUCUGUCCAAGGCAAUGCUGGAGCUGAGGGAAGAGAGGCGCCAGAAGGAUGGACGGUUGCAGCCUCCUUUCCAGUUUCCUCCGCAAUGGGCGAAUGCGGUUGUCGUGGCCCCGUCCUGCCGCGAUCUGUUCGUGAGCCCGAGUGGGAAGGGCUUCUGGAUGCAGACACGGAACGUUACCUCACGCCAUGCCGUACACCCUGCCCGCUGCCUGGUCGGAUUCCACAUCACUCCUGCAGCCUCGAAGCAGACGUCUCCUGUGACAAAGGGUCAUCCCGAUGGCGCGAAGGGUCAAGCUCUAUCGACGGAGCCUAUGCGAGGCAAUGAAUUGCAUGUCUCUAGCGACGUCCUCUACUCCCGUAGAUGCGAUAUGAGCGAGAUUAUUUGGAAGAGGUACUCCAUUAUCUCUGCAGCUCUGGAAGACACGGUGGGGCGCAUCGCAAUUGGGGACAGGAUGGGCAGGGUCGAGGUUCUGGACUUCGCCUAGCGGAUUGUUUGUUGUAUAUUUAGCAAGCACCCGCAGGUCGGGCUUGUGUGCAUCUGGCGGUAUUAGAUACUCGGCGGUAGUGUCUGGGAGAGCGUCCUGCAUCGUCCCCGCGCUGCUCUGUAAUAUAUGUUUUGGAGAACAAUAGCAAUGCCAGUUCUCUUGCGUCACAGUCUC